AUGCAUAUCAAGUACCUCCUCAUCAAUCUUUUCGCCCUGACCGUCUCGGUCAAGGCUCUCCCCAAUGCCGACAACGACUUCGGUCUUGAGGCUCGGGAUGACUCUGACGCUCUUGUCCAGCGCUGGGACUGUGGCCAUGAUGCCAAGGAAGUCUACGGCAAGUGUGUCUGCAACGACAAGCAGCUCACCUGGGACGGCAAGAAGUGUGUCUGCCCUAAGGAUACCACCUGGGAGUAUGGUAAAUGCGUGCCUAACAAGCCCACUUGCCCCAAGCCUCAGGUUUACAACCCUCACUCCAAGAAGUGCGAGUGUCCCUCCGGUACUGAGUGGAAGUACGGAAAGUGCAUCAAGGACUGCCCUAAGGGACAGUACUACAACCAGCACAAGGACAAGUGCGAAUGCAACAAGGGCACUGAGUGGAAGUAUGGCCAGUGCGUGCCCGUCUGCCCCAAGGGACAGGAGUACAACAAGUGGUCUCACAAGUGCGAAUGCCCCAAGGGAACCUCUUGGAAGUACGGAAAGUGUAUCAAGGACUGCCCUAAGGGUCAGAGCUACAACCCUCACUCCAACCAGUGUGAGUGCCCUAAGGCAACUGAGUGGAAGUACGGCAAGUGUAUUCCCAAGUGCUCCAACGGUCAGUACUUCGACAAGGACCAGUGGAAGUGCGUCUGCCCCAAGGGAAAGAUCUUUGAGUACGGCAAGUGUGUUCCUGAGUGUCCCAAGGGCCAGACCUACAACAAGCACACCAAGAAGUGCGAGUGUCCCUCCGGCAAGGUUCUGAAGUACGGAAAGUGUGUCUGCCCCGACAACCAGGUUGAGAAGUACGGCAAGUGUGUCUGCAAGGACGGCUUCAAGUUCGAGUACGGCAAGUGUAUUCCCCAGUGCCCUCAAGGCCAGACAUACGAGCACGGAAAAUGUGUCUGCCCCGCCGGCAAGGUCUACAACAAGUGGCACAAGAAGUGUGAGUGCCCCGAGGACAAGGUCGAGGCCUACGGCAAAUGUGUCUGCCCCAAGGGACAGAUCGAGCAGUACGGCAAGUGCUCGUGCCCCAAGGGCCAGUACUACGACCGCUGGAGCAAGUCUUGCAAGUGCCCCAAGGACCUGAGCUGGGACGGACACAAGUGCGCCUACGACUGCGGCAAGGACGCCGAGUACAAGUACGGCGGCUGCGUCUGCAAGAAGCACGACCAGGUCUUUGACAAGAAGUCCAAGACUUGCAGCUGCAAGCAGGGCUGGUACUGGGACCAGCACAAGGGUGUCUGCAAGAAGGGCGGCUACUAA